UCUCAAAUUACCGAAUAAUUGUUUUCGCUUCAAUGGCUUCUCGGUCCCUAAUCUCCGUAUUCCUCGUCCUCCUCAUCGGCUCCGGUAUCAAUUCCUCGGCUACUUUGGAACCCAUUAUCCGACUCCCGACGACGAGAGCAACGGAGGCCGACAGCCGAUCCCACGGCGACGAAGACGGAAUUUACUGUGCAAGCUGGCAUCUAGCCGCCGAGACCAAUAACGCCGGCGGUUGGACCCAGAUCCCCUCCCGCUGCCAUUUCUACGUCAAAUAUUACAUGACCGCUAAACGCUACGAGUCCGACUGCGAGGUCGUCGCUAAUUUCUCCCUCGCAUUUGCCUCCACCGUCGAGAUGGCUCCCGACGGGAAAGACGCCUGGAUCUUCGAUGUCGACGAGACUUUGUUGACCAAUAUGCCCUACUAUAUAGAUCAUGGGUUCGGAUCAGAAGUCUUCAACGAGAGCUGCUGGGAUGAGUGGGUGGCAUUAGCCAAGGCCCCAGCCAUGCCAUCGAGUUUGAAAUUGUAUAACGCAUUGAAGCAGAUGGGGUUCAAAAUAUUUGUGCUUACCGGCCGAAGGGAACAUCAGAGGCAGGACACCAGCAAGAAUCUUGAGCUUGCCGGGUAUACUGGCUGGGAAGGGCUUAUCUUGAGAGGAGCUUCAGAUAGAGGGAUACCAGCGACAGUAUACAAAUCAGAGAGGAGAUCGGUUCUGUCAAAUGGAGGUUAUAGAAUUCAUGGGAGCUCUGGAGAUCAAUGGAGUGACUUGCUGGGUUUUGCAGUGGCAAAACGUUCCUUUAAACUGCCUAAUCCAAUGUAUUACAUAGGCUAGAAAACAUUGAAAAAAGGGCAAUUGCCUGCAACUUAUUGUUGUUACUCCACUUCCUGAUGUUCAAAUUUAAUGACUAGUUUAUCCAGCAUUUUUUUU